AUGUUAACUUCGGAAAAGGUCGAUACUGCCAUCCAGCUGGCAUCAGAGCUGAAAUACACCACCGAAGUGGAGUUAAAGAUGUCAUCCAGGAUGGUGGGAAUGCAGAUACUACGUCAGUUCUCUAUGGUCCCAGUGCAACUGCAGCGGUUUGGUGCUGUCAAUGUCUUUGACUGCUGGACUAAGAAACACCAACGCCGCCGCAGUGCCCUUAGUGAAGAUGCCCGUGUCUUUGACUACAUCAAGGAUGAAAUAGGUUGUCGCGUGGCAGAUCGUAUCUAUGACAUCAAGCGGGGAUUCCCUAUUGCACUUGACCUGGGGUGCGGUCGGGGCCAUGUGUCACGUCAUGUUACUCCAGAUGUGGUUGAACAGCUUGUGAUGGCUGACUCCUGCCAGGAGGCGUUGGAUGCUGCUGAUGCUCCUGAAGGUGUGAAGGCGUCAAAGGUGGUCAUUGACGAGGAGCAGCAGUUGUCAUUUGAUGAUGAUUCCCUCAACUUGGUCAUCAGCUCUCUGAAUCUCCACUGGAUCAAUGAUCUGCCUGCAUCUUUCAAGGAAAUCUACCGGUGCCUGAAGCAAGACUGCCCUUUCAUUGGCUGUAUGUUCUAUGGUGACACCCUGUUUGAGCUGCGGUGUUCCCUGCAGCUGGCAGAACUGGAACGGGAGGGUGGAUUUGCCCCACAUGUGUCACCCUUUGUGGAAGCAGCAGACCUCGGUGGCCUGCUGAACCGGACCGGUUUCUCCCUUAUUACUAUGGACUCGGAUGAAUUCCGCAUCCAUUACCCAUCUAUGUUUGAAGUCAUGUGGGACUUGAAAGGCAUGGGUGAGAACAAUGCAACAUGGACACGGAAGCCACACCUCCACCGGGAAUCCCUCAUGGCUGCUGCUGCCAUCUACAAGGAGAUGUAUGGGAAUGAGGAUGGGUCAGUGCCGGCCACAUUUCAGGUGCUUCACUUCAUUGGGUGGAAGCCAGAUCCAAGCCAGCCCAAGCCAGCACAACGUGGCAGUGCCACUGUCUCCCUCAAGGACCUUGGUCACAUCAGUGAAAUGUUGCAGGGUGACAAGAAAACCUAAUUUCUACCUGGAUCACCUCUGACUGAAUAAUAAGUUUUGGGCAAGCAUCUUAAUUUGUUUUUGUUUGUGGCCUUCCAUGUGAUAAAAUAUUGCAGUUCUUUUCAU